AUGGUUGUUGUGCCAACGAGUAUAAUAGAAAUGAGACAAAAGUUAUCACGGUCACCUUUGAGUGUCCGCAAUGAAUCAAUGAAUUCCACAGUGCAGUCAUCGCCAGCGGACAGGCGCGAAGCCUCAUCAACGAUGAGAAUAAUUGGCUUUGUUUUCGGUCUGUAG